CCGCCUGAGUCACUUCCCUUAUGGUGCUGCCUUCCCUUAUGGUGUCCAGCCCAGUGCGCCCGGAAUAGCAGGUAGCGCUAUGGAUGAGUAUAAAGGUUUGACAGAUAAUGAACUUAUUGCUCGUCUGAAGAAAUACAGCAUCCCACAUGGCCCUCUUGUUGGAUCAACCCGGAAACUUUAUGAAAAGAAGGUCUAUGAAUAUGAGACCGAACGGACACAGCUCCCUUCACCUGGAGGAUCGGUGUCCUACACAGAGCCAUGUAGCGAAAGCUACAUGCGAGAGACCUUCGUGAGCCCACGGAGCAGGGAAGACCUCAGCUACGGGCGAGAAGCUCUUGGCUCCACAAGGACUUUCUUAAGAGAAAACUAUGACUCUCCAAGGAAGGAGGAAUUCUACUCUGAGUAUGGAAAUGAAGCUCUUGGCUCCUCUACAAGGACUUACUUAAGAGAAAACUAUGACUCUCCAAAGGAAGAAUACUACUCUGAGUAUGGAAAUGAAGAUCCCAGCCCCACCAAAUCCUACCUGGGCCAUAAUUACGGUUUGACUCACCAUGAAGAACAAUCCACUUAUAAGCCAGAAGACUGGGGAGUAAAUUCUCCUGAGGGUUCCACAUCUUCUUACCGCCGCUAUGUGUCGUCUUUAAGCAGUGGUACUUCUCCAGGGUCAGUGAGUGCCCGCCAACCGAUUGCAGAACCAUAUCCUUACAGUUCUGGCCGGAAGGAUGUGCCAACCAACAGGGACAGCAGUUCCUACCAGAGCAUCUUCUAUCAGAAAUCCCCUGGCUCGUCCUCUCUGGGAGUGGAACCCCGCCGUGCCAUCCAUCCUGAGCGCCAGGCCCAAGCAGCGGAAAAUGCUACGGGUAGCAAUGGGGGAACCAAGCGUUACCUACCCCUCUGGCCCCAGCUCCUGCUCUUUAUGCUGCUGGCUGGCUUCCUGGCCUUCAUCUACUACUUCCUGCAGGGCGGUGCUGACGACAACCCUUUUGUGAAGCAUCUUAAGCAGUGAGGCCUCGACCUUGGCCGUAUCUUAUCCCUCAGCUGACUCCCCAAGAGCCUGGAAUGUUUAUACAGGGCCUUCACUAAGUGCCUUCUUGUUCCUUUGUAACCCAAAAAUUGGGUGGUGUAUUCCAGCCCAAGAUGGAGGGGUUCCUACCAACUACCCUGAAUCAUGGCAGCUCUUCACCCCUCUCCUCAAAUGUCUAUCCAUCCAUCUCUUAAAUCAGCAAAUGUUGGGCAUUUUUAUCUGCUGUUUUGUAGCUUGUGCUUUAUAAUCAGGGUUGUGAGUGGCUUUUCCUCAUGAGAGGGGAAGAGAAAGAAGAAGGGAAAAAUGUAGCCUAUCAACGCCGUUGAAAAAAAGCGUACAAAUGUAUAAAAUCUCUAAUAAACCCCACUAUUUCUCUUUUUUUUUUA